AUGGCCAUGCACGCCGAUUACGUACUGACGGCCGUCAUGGUGCUUAUGUUUCUCGUAGCCAGCUGGCUGUUCCGAGCCUGUGAGAUUUAUGUGAGUGAGACACAGCUUCACGGAAAUCUGUUGGAUGCCAUGUGGCUUGUGGCCAUUACGUUCUUGUCGGUCGGCUACGGGGACAUCUUCCCUCAUUCCUACUGCGGCCGUACCAUCUGCGUAGUGACCGGUAUCAUGGGCGCUGCCUGCACCGCGCUCGUCGUAGCCGUCUUCGCCAGGAAACUAGAGCUCUCGCGCUCCGAAAGAUAUGUGCAUGACUUUGUAAUAGACGUCGAUUUAGAAAAGAAACGCAAGCAUGCUGCCGCCAACAUCCUCAAAGCCGGUUGGUUGGUGUACAAAUUCAAAAGAAUCGGCAGCCAUGCUUACCACGUCAGAAAGUAUCAGCGAAAAUUACUCAAAUCCAUUCAUACAAUCCGCGAGAUAAAAGCUGCCCAGCGACGUCUUAUAGACGGGGCAGUGACAAUAAUUGAAAUGAACAAGGGUCAAGCUCGCCUUUCAAGGGAUGUGAUACUUAUUAGAGAAAGACAAAACUAA